AUGGCUCAUUCUCGUUCAGCACGGGACUUUGUUGCACUUUCAGAUCUGCAUCCAAACCUUGCUCGUCCUAAUGUAAUCGGGGUGGUUAUUGGGAAAACAGAUGUCAGAAGCUUUCCAGACCGAAAAAACAUUGGCACUGAAAGAUACACCUUCAAUUUUACCAUUCGUGAUUCCCCAACUUAUUUCAUGAAUGUCCAGUCCUGGGGCAGAGAAGAGUACAUCAGAUCCCUCUCAGAAAGCUUCAGGGUUGGUGACUGUGUUACAAUUGAAAAUCCUUUAAUUCAGUCCAAGGAAGCAGAAAGAGAAGAAAAAUUCAACCCUGUCACUCCUAGUGGCUACAAAUUAUUGCUCAGUGAAAAUCACUCUGUGGUUAAAACCUCUUCCUGCUACGACACAGACACCAGGCUCCUGGCUCUGCUGCACCUGCCUGUCAAGGACCCUCAGGAUUAUUAUUCCCUGGGGGACAUCGUGGCAAAUGGACAAAGCCUCCAUGGGAGAGUCCUCAAUGUGCUGGCAGCUGUGAUGGCAGUUGGGGAGCCAAAGUAUUUUAUAACUUCAGACAAAAGGAAAGGCCAGAGGUGUGAAGUAAAGCUGUACGAUGAAACAGAGAGGUCUUUCCCAAUAGUAUGCUGGGAUAAUGAAUCCAUCCAGCUGGCACAGAGUUGGAUCCCCCAAGAAACAGUUAUAUUUGCAUCAGAUGUGAGAAUCAAUUUUGACAAAUUUAGGAACUGCAUGACUGCAACUGUGAUAUCCAAAACCAUCAUUACAACGAACCCAGAAACAGCAGAAGCAAAUGUUCUCUUCAGCUUCAUCAAAGAGAGUGCCCAGGCAGGAGCUCUGCCCAGCCCCGUGAAGGAGCUGCCAAAUGAAACCAUUAACUUGGAGGCUGUAGUGGAUGUCUACACAGUGGAACAGCUGAAAGAAAAAGCUCUCCAGAGUGAUGGGAAGCUGGAGCCUCUCCAUGGAAUUAUUUAUGGCUACAUUUCCACCCUGGACAUCGACGAGAGCGUGUCCAGAGUCCUGCGCAACAGAUGCUCAGUCUGCAGGUUCAUCGUGAAUGAGGCGUCAAACACCUGCACCUUCUGCAGUGACGUCUCUCCAGAGGCCAAGUCCACCUUUGCCAGCUUUGACAUCCUGGUGGAUGUGACAGACCACACAGGCACCCUGCGCUCCUGCUACCUGGCUGACUGUGUCGCUGAGGACACCCUGGGCUGCACAGUCCCUGAAUUCCUCAUGCUGGAAGAAGAGCAGAAGACUGCACUGAAAUGGCAACUCCUCUUGGAACGAAGCAAGAUUUACUUCAAGGUUACUUCAUCACCUAAUUGGAGAACUGGACUAAAAGUGAAUCUUCUUUCCUGCAAACUGGCAGAUCCCAUAGAGGCCAGUCAGAGCUUCUUGGGAAGAGACUGGAAUUAUUUAUAAAUGCCAGGAAAGGCUUCCUUCACUCUGUUGUUAGAGAUGGAAUUCUGCUGUUGUUGGGUUUUGCCAAGUCUGUUCUGAUGGUAAAGGAGGGAGGUGCAUGUUACAAUACCUCUAAGUGGGCUUCUGAGUUCAUAUUUUUGGGUGAUUGUACUUUAAAAAGUGUACUUGGGCCUAAGCUUAAAUGUUAAUUCUACCAAAUUCAACCCCUUUUAAGAGUGCUGGAAGAUUUCCUCACUCAGCUAUUUGAAAAAAUCAGAAAUAACAAAUAGGUUAAAUGAGAUUUGUUGAACUUCUGUGGUUUUAACUGCUUUGCUGCUUUUGUGUUAAAGAAAUAAAGACCCCCCCCCUUGAAACACUGCCAGGGUUUGUGCUGCACCUUGCUGAGGCCAAACAUGGAGCUGUGGGCAAGAGCAGGGCUGAUUCUCUUUGGGCAGACUAAGUCUAAUUAGAGCAGAGUAAUCAAUUAGCAGUGACCUCUGACAAGCAAAAAUCAAGCUGAGGCUGUAAGCAGGACUCUGCUCACCAAAGCUGGAUUUAAAGAACCCAGGUAUGUAUAUUGUGCCUUCCUCCACGUAUUUUGUUCCCUGUUUUUAAUAUGUUUCUGUCCACAGCUUCCCUCCUGCUGGUGUAUUUGUCCCAUCCUCACCUCCUGAGCACGCUGGGACUCAGCUGUUUCCAACAGAGAGAGAUCCCCCAGCCCUGUUCUGGCAAAGGGUUUUAGCCAGGACACUCUGGGGAACUCUGAUCCCCCCGGUGCCUCCUCACCCCUUAAAACAACAUGGCACAGAGAAAACCCCCACAGAAACAGGAAAUCCUGACAAGCAAUCCCAGAUUGCAUCCCUGACUCAAGGGUGGCAAUAAAGACCCCAAAAAUGCUGCCAGCGUUGGGUCAUCCCUCUUGUAGCAAUAAACAAUUCAACAUUUCCCAGCCAUAACAAUUCCCAUUCUGAAGGGAAUGUUUCCAAUAACUUAAUCCCAACUCUGUCAAUACCCAGGGCUGGAGACCAAACUGUAAAUGAUGCCCUGCUGCUGUUGCCAGAGAUGGGAAUGUUUGACAGGCAGGAGGAAAUGCAAACAGUACAGACACUUAAUUCCAUCCUUCCUCUUCCAGAACUCUUCACCCUCAUGGCUGUUUUAAUUCUGGAGAAAUUCUAAAGGAAUUCUUCAAUUUCUUCUCCCAUUGUGGUGUGCAGCACCCUGGACUGUGCUGCUCUCACAGAGCUGCUUCUCUUUGGGAGACAGGAUUUUUCUCUGCAGAACUCCCCACUUUUAAAACCAAAGCUUUUCCUAGCAGUUUUUAAGAUCUGGCUCUGACAAAUGGAAGCGUUUAGCUUUGGUGCUUUGCAUUUAUGUAAAACAAAAACCAAAAUCCAUCUGUUUUUGUUAGAAAUGAACCAGUUCUGUGCAACCUUUGAAAAAUCUAGGUUUUGAUGUUUGCAUGGGGAGGAUUUUUUAAAUUACAUUUUACAACUUGCUCUGUUGAAUUGAAAGAGAACUCGCUGUCAUGCAAACCGGUGGGGAGUGCUGGAACAGCUGCAGCUGGGAACUGGGGAAAGUUACCCAGUGUGGCUUUUAGCAGCUGGAAACACUUAAAACUCCAACUGCUGCACUGCACUGGGUAACAGCAACUGCUGCAGUUACAGUUUUACUAAAAAUACAUUGAAAUCAGUCAAAAGGAAAGUUUGGUGGUGAUCUUUACCCAUAUGCUUCUUUAUUCUUGAUCAUUUUGCAUUAUUUCACUUUUAGAACAUAUUUCAAGCUCAGUUUAGGAAAAAAACAGAUCUGCCAAACAUCUGGCACACUUCCUGGUGCCUCUGCCCCCUGGAGUGGGAAGAAAAGCCAUCCUUCUUUAAUUUGUGUGUUUGAAAAAAGCAGGGAGGAAUCACAAAACUAAUCCAAAAAAUCAAACAUCUUUCUCUUGUAGAGGAAACUCUUUGUGAAGCUGCAGUUCUUGAUUUAGGGUUCCACAUCUACACAUAAACCUUUGAUUCUCCACAGCAUGGCUGAGCCUUAGCUCCUACAUCAUCAUUUGAAUUGUUUUGAUCAGUAAUUUUUAUUUUAAGGCUAUACUCAAA